AUUUCUUUGAACUCAUUGUGUGUUUGCAUUGGUUUUCAGUGAAUCCAAGACUAUAUUAUGGCCGAAGACGUGAUACGAGAGGGAUAUUAUGUGAUCAUCCGAAGAACUCACGAAAGAGAGUCGAGUCGUCUGAUUAAAGCAGAAAUGGAUAAACCCGUAUUCUUAGGGAAACAAAAGAUUCAUUUGAAUAAUAUCUUCGGACAGAGAUUUGGGACCACUUUUGAAUGGAAUAGAAACCGAGACCUCGAUGUCGUCAAUGUCCAGCAAUUGGCGAAUACAUCCCUGGAUUUGCCGCAACUAUCGGCGCCUUCCGGUGACAACAAAGACAAAGACAAUCGCUUUAUUAUAGACGACGGAAAGUCACAGAAGUUGUCCAAAGACGACAUCGAGGUCCUCAAGAGCGAGCUCUCGAGUAGUGAAGUGAUUGAGAAUCUGGUGAAGAACUGCUCGACAUUUGAACAGAAGACGUCUUUUGCUCAACAGAAGUAUCUGAAGAAAAAGCAGAAGAAAUACUCGAAUUUAGUGACUAUUUUGAGACCAAAUGUGAGACUUUUAGCGGAAAUGUAUUUCUCUCGCGGACCACAAAAAAUUGAUUAUCUGCGAAUCGAUUCUCUCUCACAAAUGCUUUCCUUAUGUAAUGUGAUGUCUGGCCGAAGAUAUAUAGUAUUGGACACCAAUUUAGGUAUUCUGACGGCCGCUGUAGUCGAGCGGUUGGGGUCGAGCGGCACUGUUAUCCAGGUUUACACAGAUCCCGGUCCCGUCUCUACAUAUAGACAGUCCGUCGACGCACUGAAUCUUCCAAAGGAAACCAUUGCUAACAUGUUAUUUGGACUUCAAAUCAAUGAAAUCUAUCGGUUGUCUCAAAGCAAUAGUUUACCCGAAAUGUCAGAUCAGAGUUGUGGUCAACAGUCUGGCGAUAAAAGUGAGAAAACAGUGGAAAGUGAGAAAUUGAUCCGAAGAGCGAUUCGCCACAAAGAAGCGCUCAAAGCACUGGAAAUAUUGGCCCAAAAAGAUAUGGACGGACUGUUAUUGCUGAGCAAAACCUACGAUCCCCUCAAUAUUGUGCUUUUAUUACUUGACUUUUUAGCCGAUUCGCGACCCUUUGCUAUAUUCAGCCCAUAUAUGGAACCGCUUUCGCACUGUUAUUCUGAACUUAAAAAGAAAGCCGUGUUUUUACGACUGACAGAGACGUGGCUCAGAAAGUAUCAGGUUUUGAGCGACAGAUCCAGACCUGACAUGUCUAUGAGUCCUAGCAGUGGGUAUCUAUUGACAGGAAUUAAAGUUAAUAAUAAUAUUAUUCAAUGCUAAUUUACUCUAUAUUCAUAUGUUUGACAAAUAAAUUAUUUUGUAUAAUAAGAUGUCAUAAAUUUACAUUAAAAUGAGCAUUAAAUUCUUGAA